CAUUGUAGUUUACAGUUUACAGAGAUGGUUUGUGGCGGUCGACUUCUCUACUACCUCCUUAUCUCCCUCGCCGUCGCUCUCAUCACCUACAACGCCAUCAUCUCCUCCACCGCCACCCUCCUCGCCCCCGGCUUCCCCGGCCGACGCGGCGGUCCUUUCUCCCGCUCCUCGUCAUCCGAUCGGGUUGAGAAUCGCCGGCAGCUGUUCCACACCGCGGUGACCGCGUCCGACUCUGCCUACAAUGCCUGGCAGUGCCGGGUCAUGUACUACUGGUUCAAGAAGGCCCGAGAAGCCCGACCCGACACGGAGAUGGGCGGAUUCACCAGGAUCUUGCACUCCGGCCGGGCUGAUAAUCUCGUGGACGAGAUCCCCACCUUCGUCGCAGAUCCCCUCCCUAAUGGAAUGGAUCAGGGGUAUAUCGUUCUCAAUAGGCCUUGGGCAUUUGUUCAGUGGCUUCAGAAAGCUACUAUCCAGGAAGAGUAUAUCCUCAUGGCAGAGCCGGACCACAUCAUUGUUAAACCCAUACCAAAUCUUGCUAAAUUUGGUUCUGCUGCCGCAUUCCCUUUCUUCUACAUUGAACCCAAAAAGUAUGAACCUGUUCUGCGUAAUUUCUACCCAGAGGAUAAGGGUCCAAUCACAAAUAUUGAUCCUAUAGGAAAUUCUCCUGUCAUAGUUGACAAGGCAUCUCUCAGGAAGAUUGCUCCAACAUGGAUGAACAUCUCUUUGGAGAUGAAGAAAAAUCCUGAGGCAGAUAAAGCAUUUGGUUGGGUGCUUGAAAUGUAUGCCUAUGCUGUGGCAUCUGCUCUUCAUGGAGUUGGAAACAGCUUACAUAAGGAUCUCAUGAUUCAGCCUCCUUGGGACUUAGAAGUUGGUGAUAAAUACAUUAUCCAUUAUACGUAUGGAUGUGACUAUAAUAUGAAGGGAGAAUUAACUUAUGGAAAAAUUGGAGAAUGGAGAUUUGAUAAAAGAUUAUACACCAAUAAGUCUCCACCCAAGAACCUUCCUUUACCACCUGCUGGAGUUGCACGGAGUGUGGUGACUCUUGUCAAGAUGCUAAAUGAGGCAACCGCAAACAUUCCGAAUUGGGAUACCUUGUGAAAUGUUAAUAGCAGUCGAGACGAAGAAUCAAAUUUCUUGUUGGACCAAAGCAAGAACUUCAUGAAUGUUGCUGCAAAAGCUGUUUAUAUCUACAACACAUGAGCACACAAGUAUAAUGGCGUAAGAACUCCGUAAAUCAUUUUUUGCUUUGAUGAACGGUUAGCUUAUUUGUGCAUUUGGAGAUUAAUUUUUGUGCGUCAGCGUUUAUUACAUGAAAGUAAAUAAUCAAAAAAACAAGUAAAGCAACAUCAUAUUGUAGGGUAGAAAACAUUUAAAGUUUCUUCUAUGCUAUUUUGUUGGAAUUUUAUGGACACAUUGUCAAUUUCUUAUACAGAAGGUUUGUGAUUAGUUAGUUAUUGUUCAGUAAAUGGCUGAGAAAAUACUUAUUUGUUGGAAUGUUUAUUUACUUAUUUUGUUAAAUUUAAUAUAUAUGAUCCUGUCCUGAAGCUGAGUAGAUGGCAACCGGGAAGCAACGCUGAGGUGGCUUGUUUUUCGUCUUCGCUGGUGCUCCUCCGUUCCUGCAACCACAAGUCGUUAGCGCCAAGUCGGGAAGGGGUUCCCGGCGACGGCCCUCCGACGAUCAAGUCACACACCGACGAGCGAGGAAAAUAGAGUAAAGAAGAAGUAGCGAACAGUGACUCCCAAAGAUGUAUGUGUGUACCUCCGCGGGAGGCUGCUCCUCUCCUUAUAUAGGGCUUCAACGAGUAGACUGCACGCUUCCCGGAUGGAUGCGUAUUCUCAAACUUUCCUCAAAAGCUAACAUUGAGAAAGGAUCCUUGACCUCUCACCAUAACGGGGCAAGCGUAUCUCUGCCACGGCGGCGGGAUCUUCUUCCGUACGAUCCUCUAUCCUUCCUCACCGUCAGUCGGCGAAACCGAUUCCCAAAAGGAUAUUCUAUACAUACGCACCAUUAAUCGGCGGCGUUGACUCUCAAAAGGAUGUUGGCAUGUAUACCCCGUCUUAUUUGUCGGCUGUCCAUCUGGCUGGCUUCCCCUUGAUCGGGCCGACCGGCCUCUUCUUUGGCCUCGUGCGCCUAUGUCUUGGCCGAUCAGCGUGAAUGUCUUUUGCCUCGCUGGACUCCACCUUGAUCGGUCCGACCGUCCUCUUCUUUGGCCUCAUGCACCUAUGUCUGUGUCGCUCGUCGUGCAGUCCCUUGCCUCGGUGUGUUGUAGGCUUGGCCAACCCCCUCCGAACUCUUCUGAUCGGACGGGGACGAGGGGCCUUCUAACCGGCUAGUCUCUCGGUUGAUCACCUCUUGACUUUGACGUCUACCAAAGCGCUGAACUUCCUUGGAGGUGGGCCCUUCUGGGGCAUCACCGGAUCACAUGUCUCCCCUUUAAGUCUAGUCAAAGGAGACUAUAAAUCCGAUUGACUGGACAAAAUGGUGCGAGAUGUUGGCAUGUAUCCCCCGUCUUAUUUAUCGACUGUCCGUCUGGCCGGCUUCCCCUUGAUCGGGUCGACCGACCUUUUCUUUGACCUCAUGCGCCUAUGUCUUGGCCGAUCGACGUGAAUGUCUUUUGCCUCGCUGGACUCCACCUUGAUCGGUCCAACCGUCCUCUUCUUUGGCCUCAUGCGCCUAUGUAUGUACCACUCGGCGUGCAGUCCCUUGCCUCGGUGUGUUGUAGGCUUGGCCAACCCCCUCCUAACUCUUCUGAUCGGACAGGGACGAGGGGCCUUCUGACCGGCUAAUCUCUCGAUUGACCAUCCUUUGACUUUGACGUUUACCAAAAUGCUGAACUUCCUUGGAGGUGGGCCCUUCUGGAUCAUCAUCGGAUAAAAUAUAUAUAUAUAUAUAUUAAAAAAAUUAUAUAGCAAUAGUCAAGUCUGAAACUUUUAUAAAGGGUCCAUGUCAUCAGAAAAUCUAAAAGAGAUGCCCCUCUUCUAUUUCAACAAAAAUAAAUUCUUAAAAAUAUUUAUCACUAAUUCACAUGUAUAUGUAUAUCUAAUUUUUUUAAAAUAUCCAAAGAUAAAGUAGGUGACUCAACUAUUUUAUAAUUCUAAUUUGUAAGGCUAUAAAUUUUCUCAUUAUCAGUCAGUAGGAAAGGACGACCAUGCCCCAGGCAAUUGUACGAUAAUAAUAUUUUUUUUAGGAUUAGGAUAUUUCAAAAAAGUCCAUACCAAAUCCUUGCCUUCACCUAACCGCAUCCACUAACCAUAUGUGGUUAACUUAACCCGAGUUUUCAAGUAUGGCGAAUCCAAUUCCUCCCCCACUCCCAACCGCUGGCUAAUUAACCCGGCUCGAUCAUUAGGUUCAACGAACCGGAGAUUAAGAAAAUGGCCACUUGAUCCUCCUCCAUCCUAUUUCUACCCGGGAGCAGUCACCACAGCGUCUAGCACCGUCGCCUACUCCGGCCGCCGACGUUGCUACCGCCCUCUCGGCCUCGCCUUCCUACCCGACCCUCCGGCAAUGAGCGGCGCCGCCUCGAUAGUUUCGUCGUAGCCCGGCUGAUCCUCCCUCUCCGCCGCUUCGAUCUGCGUUUCGGCUGAAAUCGCGGCCGUCGAAACUAUGGAAGUUCUGCUACCGACGAUGCCUCCCCUCCCUUCUCCGACCUUGCUACCGUGCUACGCCGAGGCCCUCGCCGCCGCUGGCCUCUCCUUCCUGGAUUUAAGAAAUGCUCGGCAUAUACCGUGGAACAUUCCCUUGUAAACUUGCACGCUGUCUCCAUUGCUUCGCUGCCACCUGUCCAAAUUUCUUCGAGCCGAAGCGUAACACGUACAGACGUCGAGAUAUGACUACUAUCUCGGCACGUGCUCACGUGUCCGGUCUAUUUUUAACGAACGAAUCAUUUGGCUGUUCUACCUGUUUAUAUCUAGUAAUUAGGUAAUCAUUAACAAUAAAUUAAUUAAACGCGUUAUUCUUAUUCUAUAUCUUUUCGAGAAAAAAUGAUAUUUCUUUUAAUACGGUAGGUGAAAUGCAAAAUUUGAUAAACUUUUGAAGGAUUGAAAUUUAGAUUUCUUUUUGCUGUGUUUUGCAAAAUACUCAUCAAGAUUAGCAAAAACAAGAAGAAUAUAUGUUGAGUGCCUUUGUUUCUCAUGUAAAUUUAUGAUUGAUAUGUCAGGAUUCAGUCUGUGGCAUGGUUUACGUGCAAGUGUUUACGGAGAAAUAUAAAGGAAA